AUGAAGCCUGCGAAGCCCAGAGUGAAGACGUUCACGGGAUGCUGGACAUGUAGAUCAAGGAAAGUAAAGUGUGAUCUUCGGCGGCCCGGAUGUGAGCGAUGUGAGAAAGGUGGGUUAAUAUGUGGAGGAUACGAUGUAAAACUUCGGUGGACCCGGCCAAUUCAGUUUGACACUAUGGGUAAUGUGACCGCAACACCUACAGGAAUCAAAGAUCCAGAUGAGCCUCAGUAUCAGAGAAGAAACGUUGAUUUCGUUCGGUACAAAGAGGAAUAUGUGUAUUAUGAGGAUAUGGACGAUGAAUUAUCAGCGUUAAGCUCUCCUCCUUUAGAGCUCAUCUCUGAAGACAAGACUUGGAUUAUAAAGAAAUUUGGUGUGUUCAAAGGCACAGAUAAGGUCAAAAAAAGGUACGUGCCACGGAAGAAACGUAAGAAGAAUCAAGUUUUCAUUAAUGCCAUCGAAAAAGCUCAGAAGAAACUAGCUAAUAAGAAAAAUAAGGUUAAAACUGCUGAUUCAGAUUCGAAAGAGGGCACAAAUUUAUGCACUCCAGAAGAUAUGGAAUCAUCAUCUGCUAAUGAUGAUCAUACAUCUGCGCAGCAGCUUCAUUCCCUAUUCGAAUUCGAUAUGAAUUCUUUGUUGUUUCCUGGGAACGAGUGGAUCUCAAAUGAACUACGGGACGAUGCAUUACUAUCGGCGUCCGCAGUGCAAGGGGAAACAAUACCAUUUAUGGGUAUUCGUCAGAAUAAUACACCGGAUACGCCACAAACUCCUCUCACAGUAGAUAAUAUGGGGAAAAAGAAUGGUAGUGUUAAUGGUAAUUGUAAUGACGGUCGCACAUCUGGAAACGAUAAUGAAGACGAAUUGGCUAGAGUCUAUCGGCUCCUCUUCCAUAGAAGAGGAUCUUCUGAUCAACCGCCACCUCCGACUAUUACUUCCGAAACUAAAAGUGGUCAUGCAAAGGAAACCAUUGGCAUUGUACCAUUGAGGAAUUUUGUGGAGCUAAACGUUCCAGGAUCUACUAUGCCGAGAAGUGCUAUCGAAGUGAUUCACUCUCAAGUUCCUGAUCCCUCCAUUUUUAAUCGUCCAGGAAAUACAAACCCUUUACUUGAUAUUCCCACAACAGGUGUACAUGUUCAUGGGUUAGCGAGAUUCUUGCUAAAUUAUUACUUACAGAACGUUGCUGACCUAAUGACUGUGGUUGUUCUACCAACUAAUUCCUGGAAAACUAUAUAUUUUCCACGUGCACUCAAAGCAUUAGGUGAUCUAACAGGUAUCGGUUACACCUCAAAUUCAAGAAACUCACUUCUAAAUGCGUUACUCGCAGUUUCUUGCUUCAAUCUCCAAAGUAAAUUUCCCAAGAACUCUCCGGAAAUGAAGUUCUUCUUAACACUUGGGAUUGAAUUUAGAACACAGGCAUCAAGCUUUCUCAAAAGGUGCUUAUCUAAUACGGUAAACCAAGAGCGGUAUAAGGACAUUUUGACUGCAAUCUUAUCUAUGAAUUCUAUUGAUGUCGUCUGGGGAACCAUGGCUGAUUGUCAAGUUCACUUGGCUAUCUGUGAAGACUUCGUUGAAAAUAGAAUGAAGACUAGACCGAAGAUUUCGGCUAAAGCAAAGGCUCUCCAUCGAAUUUUUUCCUUCUUGAAACUCAUUCAAGAUAGUACCAGUUUGGACAAGGUCAGAACCAAGGAAAUUGUAAUACUGGACAACAAUUCUUCCAUUGAUUCGCAUAUAUCUUCUGGCAUAUCUUUAUCUAAUGGAGAAUUUAAAGAAUCCCUCAAUAGAGAGGAUGGUAAAAUUGUAAUUGAAUUUUUCAGUUCACCUUCCAGCGGUAAGCCUUCUCCUGUGGCUUUCCCAAAAGGUUCACACGAUAGUUCUGGUGUGACGACUCCCAUUUUCUCCAAUAUAGCAAGCGAAUCCUAUUAUUACCCGAAAUCUAACGAUACUGAUAAUAAUAUACUAAGUACCGACGCAUUAUACGGUUUACCAAACUCUCUCAUAUUAUUAUUUUCGGACUGUGUUCGACUUGCUCGGCACUUGGAGUAUUAUCGGCAGCAUAAUAUUGUAACACCAAAGGCAUUCAAAAAACUAUGUACUGAAUUUGAACAAAGAAUUUUAUCCUGGAAAUCAGAAUGGGAUUUCAAAGUACCAGGCUCGCCUGAUCAUUUCGUUAAUGACACUAUUGAAGGUGUUUAUCACCAUACUAUGAGUUUUUACAAUGGAUUGAUCAUUUACUACUUCACCGUUGUUAAAGGUUUAACUUACAAAUACGUUAAACAUCACGUGCAAAACGUGUUGAAUAGCUUGAUCCAAUUGACAGAGUUGAUUGAGAAUAAGGGCGUUAAAAUAGUUCCCUUAAUUUGGCAAGGGUUUAUGGCAGGAUGUGCUUGCAUCGACAGUAAUUUACAAUUAGAAUUCAAAGAAUGGGCAGCCAAACUUUGUAAAUCUGGGAUGGGUUCUUACUGGGGAGCUCGGCAGAUUAUGUUCGAGGUAUGGAGAAGAAGAUUGAACGGAGAACAAAAUGAUGACUGGUUCUCUGUCUACAAAGAUUGGGAAAUGAAUUUAAUGUUGUCCUAA